ACAUAGUUUUGUAGCAAUGUACACAAUAUAUAAUUAUGGCAUUAAAAUUUUCUUCCAUAAUACAGAACUACACGGAUAGCGAAUACGAUUACGAAGAUUCGUGCGCGUACCAUAUACUGUUAACAUCAGCGCAUCCGCUCGUAGUAAAUUGCACUCUGGACUGCAAACCUCCGGUACCGAUGAACGACUCCACACCUUGUGUGUUCAACACAUCCAUACCUUUCGGGAAUAUGGAACAAGGAUGCAAUUAUACCUGCAUGGAAGGUGUCUGUAAAAAUGGUACCUGUGUCUCAAAUCAUCAGAAGGAAUCAACAUGCUGGCAGCCAAAGAUUGUAAUGCUUCCUCUGAGGGAAACCAAUAGCAGCAAUGCAACUGCUACUUCUUCUGGUGAAGAAUAGGUGUACUUUUAUUUUUCAUUUAGUCACUAUUUUAAUGUGGACAAUAAACUGAUUCUUGAUAAGCAUCAUGUGUGCAAACCGGA